UUUUCAAGAAGCUCUUUUUCUCCUUCAAACUUCAACAUAAACACUCACUCCCUUACUGAGUGUUGUGUGUGAGAAAGAGUGAUGUCAAGCCGACGAUCUGCAAGAGCUUCGAGAUUCACCGAAGACGAGAUCAACCACCUCAUCUUCAGACUACAUGCAUCCUUGCAACAUCACUCAAACUCAACAUGUAAUAAAAAGAGAUCGGCAGCGAAGAUUUUGAAAAGGACAUGCAAUUACAUAAAGAAACUGCAGAGGGAGGUGGAUGAUCUAAGUGAUCAACUUUCUCAAUGUUUGGCCUCUGGAGAUAUCAAUGCAGCUGAUGCAGACAUCAUUACUAGACUUCUACGGCUUUAAUAAUUUUCUAUAUUACAAAACAUAUUCAUAUAUGGACUUGUAUUCUUAAUGCUAGAGUAUUUUUGAAGAAGCAAUUUGUAAUACAAGAUCCUGGAGUGUGUGGUGCUAUAUUUUUCGAGAACAAAGAUUAAUGUUGUUGAGGUUUAAUGGAUGUACUCAUGUAAUAUUUCAUGUUGAUAUAUAGAAUAAAGAUAA